AUGUUCCUCUAUGUAAGUUUAGACCAUCUCGCACCAGAAGCAGAUUUUCUGCCGGCAGAGCUCAACGUUCUUACUUUUGGCUCCUCUCACCGCACCAUUUACCAGCUCAUCGUUGAUUCGCGGCGGGACUUGUGCUCUAUUACUGGCCCUCUGUACGAACAUCAGCCGUUGGCGCUCGCCUCGUCAGGUGUUGCCAAUAGCCCUUUGAUACAUGACUCGCCAACCCUGACUCUCCGCAUCGACAAUUUCUGA